AGGCGAGAGAGAAAUCCAUAGCAUACCAAGGGUAAAACUUAAGAGACGACAGAGGAUAUAUAAGCAAAGAGAGAAAAAAAUGUUUUUUCUCAAUUACUAAGUAGUUUUUUUAAAGACAUUAUCCAAAACUUAGAAGAAGUGGCGUCUGCCCGAAAUGAUGGCUGAGUAGCUUUCACCGCAAGCAGUUUUUACCCAGAUUAUUCGUCUUUUCCAACGAUUCUUUGGACACGAGAAAAUGUAUCGGUCCACUAAAGGAGCAUCAAAGGCUCGGAGGGAUCAAAUCAACGCAGAAAUUCGCAACCUGAAAGAUCUUCUGCCCAUCUCCGAUGCCGACAAAGCUCGUCUUUCCUAUCUUCACAUCAUGUCCCUAGCCUGCAUUUACACAAGAAAGUCCGUCUUUUUCUCUCAAGUGUCAGCAGGUCAUGACGUGAGCGGGAGCAUCCUGUCUUUGCCAGAACUCUCGGAUCUGCUACACACACUACCAGGGUUUCUCCUAGUGCUGACGAGUGAAGGAAAACUCCUGCAUCUAUCGGACAAUGUCGCAGAGCACCUUGGCCAUUCCAUGGUGGAUCUAGUGGCUCAAAGUGACAGCGUGUAUGAUAUUAUAGACCCAGCCGACCACUUCAUCAUGAGGGGUAACCUUGUGCCAAUCACCACUUCUGACACAGACCGUCUCUUUUGCUGCCGCUUCAGCACUUCGAAGUUUGUACGGCGGCAGGGAUCAGGGAACAAACUGAUGUUGGUUCGGGCACGCUGUCUGCCACCUCCAUACCACGCAUCCACCUACUGGACCUCCAAUCCAGUGUGGUUGUGUUUUUGCUCCCCACUGGAGUCCAGCGUCCCCCAGGUUUCGUCAGCUAGGAAUCCUCUCCCCACCCCUCCUGCGGAGCAGUCUUUCCUCCUGGCCUGUUUCCAGUCUCAACACAGCCGGGACAUGAGAAUCCAUGCUGCUCAGGACAGUGUAUCUGUAUACCUUGGCUAUGACAUAGAGACUCUGCGCUCUCGCUCAUGGUACAGUCUGAUUCAUCCUCGUGAUCUGUCUCACGCCUCUGCACAACACUGCGCCCUGUUACAUGAAGGUGGAGAGAGGCAGGUGGAGAUGGUGGUCCAGGUUGAGGCAGCAGAUCACUCCUGGGUCUGGCUUUACAUUGUUCUUCAGCUGGAGACUGGAGAAUAUCCCAUCAACAGCCACAACUACGUCAUAAGUGAGUCUGAAGCCUGGUCGGUGCGUCAGCAGUUGUAUUCAGAACAGAACCAGCUGGCUCUCCUGUACCAGGAGGCACGCCAGAGCUCUGACCCCCUGUCCAGCCCAGACCAGGUCUUCACACCCAGCAGCAGUGGCCUGUCCUCCCAGUCCUUCGACUUCAGCUUCACCACUUCUGGCCGGAGCUCCUCGGAAGAGCUCCCUAGUAGCUCUGGCCCAACCAGCAUGGCACUCGACCCCCUUCAGGGCUUUUCUCAGGAUGAAGAGAGCCAUUCGCAACUGCAUGGCAGUCACCAGAUGUGGAGAUCAGCCAUGACCGUUUCUGCUGAACAUCUGAGCAGCAUUAAUAUCCCAAGUCUUUCUACAGUUCCGCAAACCCAUAUUGCCCCUCCACCCCUUCCUCCAUACAAAGCUCCUCCUAAGCGCCAAAACUCAGAGGAGUUUAUUUGCACACCUCCUUACACCCCAAGACUCGGAGGGGGGAGUUUUAUGUUUGGUGAUGAGACCUUCAAAUCAGACCAAAGCAAUGUAGUCAAAAUGAGGCAGUCUAUAACCUCAGCACCCCUUUCCGCAAGCAUCGGCCCCACUCAACACUGCCGCAAACGUCUAUAUGAAACACUACCACCUACUCCAGACAGCCCCGGCAGUGAUGAAUGCAUUCUCAUGGCGCUGCCGGAAAUCAGAGGACCUCUGUACAUAGACGUCCCUCAUUUCCCAUUCCACAGUCCACCCGAAGGCCUUUUAACCCCCGAGGCCUCACCCACCAAAAAGCCCUGUUUGAGUUUCUUCCCUCGUGAAGACGAUACCGAAAGAGAGCAAAGGGAGAUCUCACUCCUGGCUCAGUAUAUUAGCACUUUAGCUGAAGGCUUCUGUCACAGCCACCCACAAAACACAUUGGCUCCCCCUCAUCACGCAUCAUUUGAAGGCCCAAACUCCUCACUGGCUCACAUUGAUGUCUUUAUGUUUGAGGAGAAAGCAGUCGAUGGCAUCCCUUUUCCAAAUCUGCCAUCCACCUCCCCCACACCUCCCUCGCCUUACUCAUCAGAGCCAUCCUAUCCCCAGCACUCCCCGAGCCGCAGCUCCCCUGUCCACGCGCAGGAGGAGGCGAGGACUCUGUAUGGUGUACACCACCUCUGUAGCGUCCAGUCGACGCACCGUAAUCGUAUGGCCGGGGGUGGGCCGCAGGAAGCCGAGAGACCCGACGAGGAUGUGGAGAUGAUGUCCUCCCCAGGGUCCACCGCAGCUCCAUCACUUCCUGCCCUCACUCCUGCUCUGCCUUGUUCCCAGUCCCUCCUAGAGGAGCUGGUCACUAUGGAACCUGUGUUUGGGGCAGCCGCCCUGAUAAAUCCUGCCGAGAGGCAACAAGAUGAGUUGUAUCAACUCCCUCAUCAAGGCGGACAACAGAUCUUCUACCAAGGUGAGAAACUAUGGCACUUUUGUGAUUUUAGCUUUUCAGUAUAUCAAAGAUUUUGUGUCUAAACUGUACUUUUUCUCUCCUUUCCCACAGAUGGAACCAGUGAUCACAUGUUUUAACAUAAGUCUGUGACUUAAUCAAUGAAGUAUGGCAUAUUGUCAUCUUUUACUAAGCUAUAUUUCUGGGAUAAUGUGGUAGAGUCAAAUCUAAGUGUGUUUAAAAAUAUAUAUAUAUAUAUUUAUGUUUAUAUUUCAAUAUCAUGAAGUCACAUGAACAUGCAUCCUAUUCAUAUUGGACUGUCACUUUGGGGAAAAGUACUUAAAGUAACAAAGGCAAUUGCCACUUUGUAUUCACUUAUAGUGAAGACUGUGUUUUAAUGAAAAAAAUAUGUCUAUGAACCACAGCUGUAUCUUUCCAUCGUAGAGUUCUACGGUCAAGUCGAGGAUAUAUUUCUACCUACAAUACUCUCUUUCUAUUUGUUUUUCAUUGUUUCAGUGCAUGAAAACCAUUGCAGAUACUUCAUAAUAAACAAUAUUUCUUCAUG